AUGCCAUUAGAUUAUUCUAUAGAAAAGGUUUCAUCAAUCAAAUCUGAAAGUAUAAUCCCCUAUAUUAAAAAUGAAACAAAUAAAUUUUUUAACAACUAUAUUUAUAACAAUAGGAAUAUAGAUACAAUCAACCCAAGUGGCAGCAAUAACUCUUGUAAUAAAAACACCAAUAAUAAUAAUAAUAAUAAUAAUAAUAAUAAUAAUAAUAAUAAUAAUAAUAAUAUUGAAAAUGAUAUCAAUAAUUGUAAUCAAAUUGUAAAUAAAGAUUCAGAAAAUGAUAAAAAUUUUAUAGUAAAAAAAAAAAAAAAUUACUAUUUCGACAAUAAUAAUAAUAAUAAUAAUAACUAUAGCAACAAUAAUAUUAAUAAUGACGAAAACAAUAUUAAUAAUUCAAGUAUUAGUAGUGUUGGGUGGAAAAAUAGAACACAUAAAAAAAAUGAUAACUUUAACACUUUUAAAUCCGAUAUAAAACAAUGUGAAAAUUUAAACAAUCAUUCAAACAAUAGUACCGCCAACAUUCACUAUGAUAAUAUACUUAAUAAUAUAAACAGUGAAAAUCAAAUCGACUCACCAUAUAAUAUUUUAAAAAAAAAUCAAACCCCAUCCUCAGCAACCACCACUUUUAAAUCAACAACAAGUUGUAAUGAUGUAAAUAGCAAUAAUCAAGAUAUAACUAUGUCUUCAAAUACUACAUUGGGUGGUUGCAAUGGUAAUAAUGAACAUUUUAUCAAUAACAACCAAUUAUUAUCAAAUAUUGCCAAUCAAAAUAACGAUAACAAAAAUAAUAAUGGGUGUUGUAAUAAUAAUAAUAAUCAGAAUAAUAACAACUAUAUUUACUAUCAAAAUGAUGAUCAGGAACAAAAAGAACUUCAAAUUAAAUAUCGAAACAUAUAUUUGAAACAACAAAACCAACUACAACCAAACCAACAAAAAUCAAGUAUAAUUAGAUCUUAUGCAAUUGCAGCCAAUAUUUGGGCAUUUCCGCUUUCAAUGGCAUCAAUACUCUAUGGUUGCACAUUAGCCUAUAGAGUUACCAACUCGAUAGAUUUAUUAAACUUUUGUUUAAUAUUAUCAUUUGCAAUAAAUGUUCAAGGUAUUCAAUCAUUAUUGGCCAUAGAUAGAGAUAUAAAGAGUAGAGGUCAAAUAGUUUUAACCUCAAGAAAUCUCACGAUGAGAAUUGUACGAUGUUUUUUAUAUGGUCACUUAGUUUUCUCGGUGGUUUGUAUCUAUUCGAUCGUUAUCCGUGUUGGAAUUCAAAAACUCUUGGUAAUGGGCCCCCUAAUGAUAACAACGUUCCUGCUCUGUCUUUUUAUCAUUGGCUAUCCCAUCGAAGUAAGAAUUUAUGGAACCACUGAAUUAGCAGUACCCAUAUUCUUUGUUGUUUUGGUUAAACUUAGCUACCUAAUGCAAACCUUUGAACAUAACGAUUUAUUUUUUCUUUAUGUUUUACCGGUUGCACUAGUUAUUGAAGGCUCUCAUCACUCUUUCAAUAUGAAAAAUAUAAAAUACAAUUUAACGGAAAGAUAUAAAUCAUUAGCUGGAAUUAUGAAUAGAAAACAUUCAGAAAUUUUAUUUUUAUUCUAUUAUAUAUUGUAA